GCAGCCUUUCUCAACCCAUGCAGACGAAGAAGACGACGGUGAAGACGAAGAAGAAGACGAAGAGGGAACGACUGCAGCCUCUUCGGUCCGCCAUGUUGAGAUAAUGUUCAGAAAUCCCAAAUCGGGAACGGCGGAGAGCAGCGAAUCUGGCGGAUUGAACUAAAUUGGCGGACUCGUUGGAUGCAACCAGCGCUCGGAGUUAGCCCGCCGCCCGGGAGUCCUUCGCUAUGGCUGCGUGCGGCCGAGAUGAUGAGUUUGACGAGUAUGACAAACCAGGUGCUGAGAGGUCACGCAGAAGGAGGGGAGAUGAAGACUUUGACAGUGAUUUGGAAGGUGACCUGCUAGAAGAGGACUGGCUCUCAGCAAGAAAGAACCCCUCUGAAGGGUCUGAAGAAGAACUGAAUGAUGACCUUUUGCAAAGUGAUGAAGAAGAUCAAAACAUGAGCGGUCCAGGAGUAGUUGUGAGCCUGGAUGCCACAGGUGGCCUGGACUCCACUUUUGACCUUCAAGAGCAAGGUCUAGAAGACGUGGACUAUGUGGUCGAUGAUGUACAUGGCCUGGGGGCCGAGGGCUACGAGGAGGGGGAUAGCGUGGAGGGCUAUCCUCACGAGAGUUACGAGGAUGCGUACGGGGCUGACGGUUCUGAACUCCCAGAAGACCAGCUGGAGUACGGCGGAGAGCAGCCAGAAGGAGAGGUCUAUCAGGAUGAAGUGCUAGACAUCGACAUCAACGACCCUAUAGACGACGAUUUCCAAGUGGAUGAGUACGUUACUGAUGAUGGCAGGCAGCAGCUCCAGGGCCUAGAGGAUGAGCAGGAUGAGCCGGAUGGUGAAGAGGUGCCUGCUGGCUCUCAGAUGCUAGAGACUGAGGAGAUGGAGAACAAGGCAGAGCCUGAGGAGGAUGAAAACGUGAAAGAAGAGUCAGAUGAAGAAGAGGAUGAUGAUGAGGAGUCAGGUCGUUUGCGCUUCAAAACGGAGAGGAAGAACUCUACGGUGGUACGCCUGUCUGACGCUGCUGGCAAAAGGAGGAACAUUCCAGAAACUCUAGAGCUGUCAGAGGAGGCCAAAGCAGACCUACUGGAGUUUGAAGAGAAGGAGCGACAGAGAAAGCAGGGCUUUGGAGGCCGCAGCCGGGGAAGAGGAGCGAGGGGCACGAGAGGAGGAGGAAGGGGACGGUUCCUGAGUUUCGGUCUAGGAGAUUUCCGCGGGGAGGGGAAAGGAAGGAUGAAUGAACAGAGGAUGGCACUGCCCAUUUCCAUCCCCAUGUCUGUGCAGCUCCCCACAAGGAUGCGGCCACACCACAACCACCAGCUGCAUCCGCACCAUCACCCGCACCAGCAGACCCCUCCACCACGGGGGCCCUUCCAGGAUCAUGGGCCGACCAGGCAGCCGCCGCAGCCGCUAAUCCCGCCGCACCUCUCCCACCGUGCUGCCACCCCGCCUAUGGACACAGGGCGCAUGCUGAGCCCCCCGCCGCCACCACGGUCCCCACAGCAACAGCCAAAGAACAUCCACAUCAACCCACACUUCAGAGGCCCCUCCUCCUCCCCUGUACAAGUUCCCCUGAUGCCCGCGCAGAACCCUCCUCGGCCAACAGUGGUGCCCCAGAGAUUCCCGGGACCAGCGGACUUUCAGCAGCAUAUUCCUCGCAACUUCACUCCUCCACAGAGGCCCCACCACCCUGAGCCCUGGGGGGCACCCUUACUGCCCCAGGAGAGAGAGCCUUUCUUCAUCAGUGAGCCAAGGUUCCCAGGUCAGCACAUGUUUGACCAGCAGAGCCCCGCCCCCUUGAUGAGCCAUGGGCACGCUUUACCCGGCCAGGGUGUCAUGGGUUUCAACCAGCCAGGCGGCGGCGGUCUGCAGCAGCAGCCUAUGCCUCAGCAACAGCAGCAUCAGCCACCCCCCAUAUUCCAACGGGAACCCCCCAGGCCCGGGCCGCCCCUGCAGGGCCCCCUGGGGCAACACGGGCCCCCGGCACCCCGGCAGCCCUUUGCGCCUCCUCGCCAGCAGCAGUUUCCCCAGCAGGGCCCACCCUUUGCACCGCAGCACAUGCAUUUCGGCAUGCAGGUAUGGCAGAGAGGCAUGAUGCACCUUCCACCACAUGGGCAGCCCCAGCACCACGAGCCCCUGCAGCACCAGCAGCAGCACCCUCACCAGCGCCAGGACCUGCCCUCUCCGCUCCCGCAGUCCCAACUCCAGGCCCCCCAGCACCACGCUCCACAUCACCUGGGCGAGCUGAGGCCUCUGGGCCACACCCAGCUCCAGCCUCCCUUCCGGCAGCCACCGCACGGCGUCCAGCCUCCGCUCCGCCACCACCCUCAGCCACCGCCCCGGGCGCAGCGGCCUUCGAUGAGAUCGGGCCUCAUUAAGCCUAGGAUGAAUUCUCCAUCCCCCAAUGUGAUCAAGCCUCCAAUCCAGCAAGUCCAGGCCCUCCAGCGCAACAGUAACCUCCGUGAGCUUCCAGUGGCCCCUACUAGUGUCAGCACCGUCGGCCCCCAGCAUUCAGCUAAGCCUGAGCCUAAAAGCGAGCCUCCGCCCAUUGCCAGCCGGCCACCUGAGAAGCCCAUGGUCCAGAAGGCCAAGCCAGAGACCCCCGCUGCUCCUCCUGCUCUGAAGGCGGAGCCUGAGGACCCAGAGGAGGAUGAGGAAACGAGGCUGUACCGGCUGAAGAUUGAGGAGCAAAAACGUCUGCGCGAGGAGAUCCUCAAACGGAAGGAACUGCGCAGACAGCUGCAGGCUGGGAUGAGAAAGAAAGAGCUGCUGGAGCGCAUCACAGCUCAACAGCAGCAGGCGCAACAGGCGCAGGCACCCCAGCCCACAGCUGCACAGCUCCACACAUCUCAGCCCCAGCCCCAGCAGGCACCAUCCGCUAAUGGUGCGGUGCAGGCCGUGCCACCCGGCGGCCCUGCCCCUGCUGCCACACCCAGGCCCAAUGUGAAGGCUCGCUUGCUCCUGAACAAGCCCCCAGUGCAGUGCUGGCCUAGUACCCCCCAGCACAACAUAAGACCCCAGCAGCAGCAGGGCCCUGGGAUCAGCCCACAGCAGGCCAGGGGCCCCAUGAGACAGGGGCCCCAGUUCCAGAACCCACAGAACCUCAGCAAGGCCUACUCCUCUCUAGCACCCGUUCCUAGUCAGCAGCAGCAACCGCAGGGAGGAAGGGAGGUGCCGGGUGUUGUGGCCCAACUACGGCCUCAUGAACUCAAACCUGGGGUGAAGAGGACUGUGAUGCAACGGGCAAACUCCGGAGGACGUGAAGGCCUGCAGGUGCCCCAGAAGGUCCGCGUGGUCAAACUGCUCGGAGGGGGAGGUGAAGCAAAUGCCGAUGUCGGCCCCCCGCUUCAGCAGCAACACCAGCAUCGGGUACGGCCGCCCCCCCAGCUCCGCCAGGUCCCCGUAAGGAAAGUCACUGUGGGUCCUGCCGCCCUGCCACAGCUACAGCCUCACCAGCAGAACCUGCAGCAGCUCACUCCCCACAUUGGCAGAGGCUCUGCAGGGGCCCCUCUGCAGAACCGGGGGCGUGGUCGAGGGGCAUCUGGUGGAGCUCAGGUGGGGCGUGGCCGUGCCCGACCCAUGGCCGUCAGGCAGACUGCACGACCCCCGGAGAACCAGCUGUGCGGGGUGUCCAUUGAGGGCCUGUCCUCCUCAACUACUGACGUCCAGCUGAAGAACCUGCUCAUGUCAAUUGGGCCCAUCCAGAUGUUCAAAAUGUUGCCCCACCAACGGAAAGCCAUCGCGAAGUUCAUCAACCCGCAGCAUGCAUACAGCUUCCAGCAGAGCUUCCACAGGCACAUGAUAGAUCUGUCGCAUAUCGAUGUUUCGCUGAUUGACGGCUGAGCUCGGGGGCGGGCUCAUCGGCCAUGCCAGAGUGAUACGGAGGAAGACUGAGAGCGGAACGAGGUCGAUCCACGUGAUGCCGACAGAAGGCGGUCGCUUCUUGCUGGGACAUCAUGGCGGAGCCUUGGCUGAACUUCGUCCCGCUGCUGCUGAAAGACGGGCCACACAGCGCGGGCCGCUGAUCUUUGUCCUCAUAGCCCGUGUGUCUGGCAGCCCUGGGGUGAUACACACAGGGAACGGUGUGAUUCUGUGACACCGAGACUGCCACGCGCAGCGACGACAGACUGUGAUUCGCUCUCGAUAAUGGUUGUUCCCAUCUUUUGACAUUUCCUGUGAUACCACCGCUCGAUGAAGUGAACCAUGUGGAGGUGUCGCUUUUACGGUGGAAAGCUUUCAAACUUUUCUUUUGUUUGGGGAGACUGCUCAUUUUGAGAAUGCAGGUUUCACGGGGGACAAUAAUGUUAUGAUGUGAGAUCAGGCUCUUGCCGUUUUUACAUUUUUGUCCCUUACGACAAUACCAUCUAGGUCCUGUAGGUGGUAGUAUUUAAUAGUCUCUAAAAAGGUCACCUUGCUUGACCCUUGCGCUGUUGUGAAAUAGUUUGUACUUUUCUGUAGCACUACCUAGUGGAGAACAUGUGUAUUUGUAAGAUCUUACCCUGUACCCAUAGUGAGCGAUAAUGCUGUUGCUGGCAAUUAAUAUUUGCAAAAUGUAAUUGUUUUGGUUUAGCACUAAGAAAAAGCUCCGAUUUUGAUAAGACAGUGUGCCACUACUGCGCUUCGUGUGUUUAAGCAUGAAUUUGGCCAAAUAUCUCAUCUGAAAUUUGAAUGUCAGUCACAAACGAUAAACAAGUAUUUUGCAAGGAUUUAUCUUGCUUACAUAUAUUUAGAUUUCGCUGCAGUCCCCUCCCCCGUGGUAUGAGUGUGUCCCGAGAACAAGGGUUUUUAGUUACUCGGUUUUGUUCUAAAAUAAGUAUUCGUAAACACAUCACUGACUGGAGCUGGAACUUGUUGGGCCUUUUCCGCAAUGUUCUUCUGUGGUCGUCUGGUCAUUUCUGCAUUUGGAAUUACCAUGCUAACCCUUUCUUUCUGGGUGUCAUGUAAUGUCAUUUAGCCACUCUGACUUAUACUCCUUGGAUUUGCAUCUUCAGGUUUGUUUCCUGCAUGUUAAAUGCAUGUGGCUCAACUGUUUCUGCACCUGAGGUCAGUUCAGGAGCACCACAUGGCGGAAAACUCAGUGGAUCAGUACAAACUCACUUCUUUACAUAUUUACGGAAACUGAAUUGACACAUCGCUUUUUGUUACACUUACAUCCUUUAAAUUGUUCGUAGUGUCAUUUUCUUUUAAAUCUUUUUCCCCUCUAAUUCUUUGGCUGGUUUUUUCACUAGCGUGUUUAUGUGAGUUGGUGUGUGAGCUCAUCUGUCAAGACAAGCAUGUCAAUGGCAUAUUUUUGUUUAAGGGAGUACAAAAAGUAUAUUCCUGUGCUUCCUGGGUUAAACUUGAGUUCUUGAACCAAAAUUACAUGCUCACCAUAUGAGAUUCUUUACCUUUGUUCCUGGUUUCUAUUAGUGGACACAUUUACUGUCCUGCCUCCUUUACAGCUUCUUUUCGUUAACCUUUCACAAUAACAUUUGAUAACUAGAUGCAAAUGUUUUGACGGGUUUGAUUUUGUGAAAUGCGUUUUCAUUAUGUCCCAGGAUAAACGUUCCCAUCGUAUCAGAAGGUUUAGGUAAAGAUAUAGAUGGUGCGGAUUCGCACCCUUUGCAGGGCGACCCAUGCUUGAUGCGGCAGGGUCCGCUAAUGAACAUCCUAAAAGAGCCGAGCGGAACCUGGGGCUUGUUUCCUACACACUACUACAACACUACAACACAUUUAGACACUUCCUGUGUGUCUUCCUCAAAUUGGUGGUUGUUCACUGUAUGAUAACUGUAACAUCGAUACAGUUUUAGAACUACAUGCAGUACGAACUGUAAUUUUUCCACCACAGAAACUGGAAUGAGACAAAAUCACGUCACCGUUGCCGAAUUCCCGACUGUCGAACUUCACCAAGGCGUGUGUGGUCUCUUGGGCCACACGUGAUGUGACAUUUAAAUCAGUGUUUGCGUAAUUCACACCGUCCGUGUUUACGCUACUUGGGCAUACUGUCUUAUCAAAAGUAUGGUUUUAAAAUUUUCUUUGAAUUUGUGAAGCUCAUCUUCUGUGAAUGUCUUACAUGUUCCGAAGUUAAGAGUAGCUCAAGCAUGACGUUUGUUGAUAGCGUACAUUUCCUCACUACACAGACAGUCCCAUUUGUUGUUUCAAACUGGAGUUUGCUUAUUUUUAAGAUGCGGGACAACCAUUAUCAGUUCACUCGUGUAAAUAAAAACCCGAAAAGGAGUUGGAUUUUCCGAAUGUUUCAGUUCAUCCCUGUUUCGAACCCUGAGUUUACACGUGUCCACCUUCUCUCUGCCAGUCCGUUAAGUACAUUUCCUUGUUGCAUCGGUUAAGUAAACAUUUUACAUAAAGAUGCUGCUACUGGCGUUUUGUUUACCUUUAGCGGAGGUUUGACUGAAGCAGUUUAGAUUUUGCCUGAUUUUUCUGACAUCUGGAGUGUAUGAGGAGCAAGUGUUUUGUUUAUUAACUGACUAUUUGUGUGUUUUCUGUGUUAAGGUCCAAUUUGCACCACCGUUUUCAUCUGUUUGAGUCCUUCACCUCUUUAUCUUUUCUCUGUUUUUCCCUUCCUUUUCUUUGGCUUUUCACCAUGCCCCUCCCCCUAUGGAAAAGCAAAGGUUCCAUCUGUUCUGAAAAAAAAGACUGUAUUGCUUGUGCCAUUGAGAAGGACAUGUACUGAACUGGAAACAGGUAGCUGCUUCUGUUCACAUUCUCCCACUGCAAUGUGUGUGUGUUUAAUGUCAUUUGUAGCGUGCAGCGGUCCCGAAUCUUGACAUCUCGGUGACGGUACGGGCGCAAAUGUGGCCCGAGGCGUCGCAUCAGAUGGCCUUGUGAAGCUGGUUUAUGUUUCAUAGCCGAAACGAUAGCAACUGAAUGUGUGAUGAAUGUCCUGCACUGUAAGCCUUUCAUACACACCUUGUGAAGGAGUGAUCAUGGCAGAACUGCUGUGUUUUUAUCAAUUUUUGUUUUUGUUGUUCGCUUUAACAGUCAAAUUUUUCCCACCCAUCCCCCACCCCUCAUGGUUUAGUAGUUGUUCUACUUUCUCCUUUUUGGUUUUAUAAGUGGUUCUUGCACAAAUUCACCUGCCAUAGGACUUCUUUAAAUGUUUUACGAAAUGUCUUGAUGUUUGUGUGUUGUGUGAAUUAACUCAUGAAUCUUGUGGAUUAUGAUAUGUAUUUGUUACUGCUAGCUACAGUGUGAGCGUAAAUAAUAAGCAUUUGCUUAUGAAGGAAAUCCAGGUUCAUAUUGAAUCUCCUGGUAUCUUCUAAGAAGAUUUUAUGUCAUCAACACAAGUGUGUUUGUAGGGUUAUCCUGUAACAGGAUGACUAAAUUGGUGACGUUUCUUUGAAAGCUGAUCCUUAAGAUAUUCCGGACCAUUUCUGUACCUUAACGGAAGUGUUUGCUUUGUAGAAAAAGACCUUUAAUUACUGAACUUCGGGUAUGCUGGUUUAUUUCAAGCCAGGGAGGUUUUGAUUUGUUUUGAUUUUCUGUUGAUUUUUGGUCCAUUUUCCAUCUUUUUGAGGGUGUCAAAUGCUACGGGUAAAAUUGCACAAAAAUUGGAUUCAUUUGGAGUUGUGUGAAAUUAAGCUGCUGGUCACGGAGUCAAAGGUAAUCUGAGCUGGGGCUGCACUGUGUCUUCUGGACAUCCAGUACGAUGUAACGCAGCAGAACCAUUUUGUGCAGCGUAGCUUUCGAGGUUGUCGUGUUCCGUGAAUGUGUGUUUUCCGGAACAUUGGGGAUAGAAUUGUGCUGUUCCCAGGGCUGCGUUGCACCGCUCAGGUUCUAACCCUUCUCUCCUACAGCGACUGCCUUCGCAAGUACACCUUCUCAGACCUUAUUUUUGUUAUUUCUCCCCAUCCCUAGAGCCGAUGGCUUGGGACAGGGCGGCGUCUGCAUGGUGCCGUGUCGACGAUGUCUCCUGAAGUUAAUGUGCCUCUUUCUUUCGCAGGUUGGUGCCCUCCCCUCCCCCAGGAACCCUGAUGGCCAUCAGCAGUACUUAACACUUCUUACUUUGCAGGCUGUCGUCCGCUGGAGGCAACCUGAUCGAUCUUCUCCCUCUUGUGCCUUCAUUGGGCAGCGUGUCCCACUAACCCGUCCCAGGACCUUAUAACCACACUUUGCCAGUCCCUCUCUGCUUUGGGGGGGGAGGGGGAGGGACCAGGAAGCAGGCUGUCGAGGGGGGGGUCAUGCGGUCUACAUGCCUGUGAAAUAAACCGACCCGUUGUGUGUUGAAUAGGUGCUGUGACGGCCUUUCUCUUGUUAGCCAAAGGGAAGGAAGUGGUGGACGGCGCCCAGGCUUUCAGCACAAUGUCGAGCCUCUCUGUCAGAGGAACUGUUUGACUCGGGUUUGUCUUGAGUCACUCACGGGGUUGGGGUAGAAGAGAGACUCCGCUGUUGGGUCACCAUGCGUGUCAGCAUUGUCCAAAAACUUGGGAGGGGAUCUGUCCUUAAACUGCAAAACCAGUCACUCAAUAUCCUGCUGAGUGACGAGGUGUAAAACGAGAAGAAAUGCGUUCCUAAGUGAACGGACAGAGUUGAACCACCAAUUAUGAUACACAAUAUGUGAGAGAUGUUUGGAAAGUGAUGUUCAUGUAUGCAGUUGAAAUUGUAAACACGCUGCUUGUCACGAUGCUUGUCAAUGUGAGAAGUGUCAUCGCUGCAUGAAAAAUAAAGGUUUU